AUGGACCACCUCCUCGUCACUAAGGAGAUGGACCACCUCCUCGUCACCAAGGAGAUGGACCACCUCCUCAUCACCAAGGAGACUAAGGAGAUGGACCACCUCCUCAUCACCAAGGAGACUAAGGAGAUGUCGGCAGCGGUGGUGGGCGGUACUUCCUCCUUUAAAAGUUCAGUGCACCUUCUCCUCUCCAAACCCAAACCCAAACUGCUUCAUUGCCUGGACCCUGAUAUCUUGAAGUUUUAG